AUGCCACAUGGGCGCUCAAUUUCUAACAGCAUCUUUAUACCAUUUAAAGAGGUCAAAUUUUUCCUUUUGAAGGUUUACGAACUAACAGGUGUGGUUAGUCUAUUGUUCUUUAAGGGGUAUGCCAAGCUCAACAAUGCAGAAAAACUUGAAUGGAACAACAGGGGUUUCUCUACAUCUCAUGCUCUUGUUGUGGCAGUUGCUUCUGUCUAUCUCUUGCUAUUUUCAGAUCUUUUUGAUGAGAAUUAUGAUAACAAGUUAAUUGUCCACAGAAGUUCUACUUUAUCAGACACCAUAUUGGGGAUAUCCAUUGGUUAUUUUCUAUCAGACUUGGCGAUGAUUCUUUGGAAUUAUCCAGCUUUAGGUGGUAUGGUGUAUGUCUUGCACCAUGGACUAUUAAUGUUCUCAAUCUUCCUCUCCAUUGUACAUGGUCAAGGACAGUUUUACAUACUAAUGGUUCUCUUUACCGAGAGCACAACUCCCUUUGUUAAUUUAAGAUGGUACUUGGAUGUCACUGGUCAGAAGAAUUCUAAACUUUACUUCUGCAACGAUGUUGCCUUAUUUUUUGGGUGGUUGGUUUCAAGGAUUCUUCUGUUCAUCUUCUGCUGUUACCAUUUGCUUACCCAUUUUGAUCAGGUCAAGCAAAUGUUUCCCUUGGCCUUCUACAGCUGGCUUGCAGUGCCUCCUGUGUUGGCAGUGAUGAAUUUGUUUUGGUUUUGGAAAAUUGCCAAAGGUAUGAUCAAAAUGUAA